UACGUUCAUUCGCGGUUCGUGUGUAUUGCGUAAAAUUAAUCUCAUUAGGUGACCUCGAGUAUCACAUAACCUAAAGACAGUGCGACAAGCUUGAAAAUUAAAAAAAAAAUAAAGGACCAUGUUCAUCAUCAAAUUAUUAUAAUAUUUUCAAUCUUUAUUGAAAAUAUGGUAUAUUGAAACAAGAACUGAUUAAAAAAUAAUUUAAGUAAUACAAAAAAAUAUAUAUAUAUAAGUAUUUAAAAGAAUGAACAAUCAAGCAUUUAGUUUGGCUGAGAAAUUAAUACCAUCAACGUACGUACAACAAGGCUUAAAUGCCAAAAAAACGCGGGAAAAUCUCAUAAGAAGUUUUAUCGAACACCGGAAAUGGCCAGAAGAAGGAUGGGAUGAUCCGACAAUAGAAGCAUUUCUUUCGGAUCUAUCACAAAUGGACAGUAAUAAUUUCCCAUUAAACUGCAGUGUUGGUGAACGAGAAUCACGUAUUGUAUCAAGUAUCGUAGCAAGACGUCAUUUUCGUAUGGGACAUGGAAUCGGUCGAUCGGGUGAUCUGGAAGAAGUACAACCAAAAGCUGCAGGAAGUAGUCUAAUGUAUAAAUUGUCAAAUGCACUAGUAUUAGAAGUUAUGCGAUAUAUGGGUGUUAAAAGUAUUGCUGGAUGUUUUUUAUCACCAAUGGCAACGGGCAUGAGCUUGGUACUAUGUAUGUUAACUUUAAAACUCGACAGACCACGAGCCAAGUACGUUCUCUGGCCUCGAAUUGAUCAAAAAUCAAGUUUCAAAUCAAUAAUAACAGCUGGGUUAGAACCAAUUGUAAUUGAGAUGCAAAUUGUUGGAGAUGAAUUAAAAACUGAUAUGCAAAGAUUAGAAUCACAGAUGGCUGCACUUGGUGAAAGCAUUGCUUGUGUUCUUUCAACUACCAGCUGUUUUGCACCACGUUCUUGUGAUUCAGUUGAUCUCAUUGCUGCGUUAUGUACACAAUAUAAUAUUCCUCAUCUAGUUAACAAUGCAUAUGGACUACAAAGCACUAGAUGUAUGCAUCUAAUUCAAGAAGCAUCGAGGAAAGGUCGAGUUGAUGCUUUCGUUCAAAGUACAGACAAAAAUUUUCUCGUUCCUGUUGGUGGUGCUAUUAUCGGUUCGUUUGAUAAAAAUCUUCUGGAUCGAAUUUCAAAGAUGUAUCCUGGUCGCGCGAAUGCUAGCUCUACAAUGGAUGUUAUGAUAACAUUGUUGAGUCUCGGUAUGACUGGAUACAAACAGUUGAUAGCACAGAGAAAAGAAAUGUAUGCUUAUUUAAAAGAAGAACUUGGAAAAGUUGCUACAAGACAUGGUGAAAGAUUAUUAGAUACUAAAGGCAACCCUAUUUCUAUGGGAAUGACUUUGCAGUGUCUUAGCCAUCAGCAUGAUCAUAAACAAGUAACAAUGUUGGGAUCUAUGCUAUUUCUUAGGAAUGUAAGUGGUGCCAGAGUAAUCACUACUACUGACAUUAAAAAUAUUGUUUCACAUAAAUUUGAAGGUUGGGGAGCGCACAAUAGCAAUUAUCCCAUACCAUAUUUAACAGCAGCGGCAGCAUUAGGAAUGAAACGAAGUGAUGUAGAUGCAUUUAUACAAAGAUUGGAUAAAGCUUUGACUAAAGUACGACGACGAUCAGCUCCAGUAACUCCAACUGCAUCACUCGCUGGUUCAAGCAUUAAUGGUGAUACUGGUAAUCCUGGUGGUCCAGGUGAAUCAAGUACGGCGUCUACCAGCCGUGCUAGCAGUAAAGAUUCUUUGCGUAAAUGAACCGUAAUCAACGCAACUGGCCAGUCGAAUCAGCAUAUUAAUAUCAAUUUAUAAGCAUCAUUGUUUACAAAUAGUAUCUAUAAAAUCAACUAACGUAAAAUCUUGUUGAAAUUAAAAAUGAUAAGUAAAAAGAUUUUAUGAAAAUGAUACAUAUGCUGAUAUGUCUGCUCAAUUGCGUUGAGAUAUGCAUUAAUAAAAUUAAGUGAAAAAAUGAAAAAUGUGAAUUAAAGUUAUUGCAAUAAGCAAAUUGCUGUAAGAAAAAAAGCGCUGGACGCAUUUUUUUCUUUAUACUCAACCAAAGAUCAAUCACAUCUAUACGAAUUUAUUAUUUAAAUUUAUAAAAUAAUUUUAUUAUUAAGUUUCUUUUUCUGCCGUUAUUCUAUCUUUUAAAAAUUUUGUUUCUAUUGUAAUUUUAAUAUAUGAUUGAAAUGUAUAACUGAUUAUAAAUUUUAAGAACAGAACUAUUAUCGAUAAGAACUAAAUUUAUGCAAACUGAAAAACAAAAUAUAAAAAAUAACUAAACAAUUGAAUGAAUAUACGAUAAAAAAAUAGUGAGAAUGAUUUAAAUAUUAAGGUAGACAUAAAAAAAAACUAUUUAAACACCAUUACUUUGUUCAUACGAUAUAAAUAUUUAAACACAUACUCCAAAUUAUAGACUUCGUGGUAUCGAUAAUUAUUAAAACAAUAUGGCUUUAUUAUAAAUAAUAAUUAGUAUAAUUUUUUUUUAACUUGAUUAAAUUUUCAUUAAAUGCUUGAUGAUAAACAAUAUAGAAAGAAGAAUUAAAAAGAAAUAUGUAGAAACGAAUAAUAAGAAUUCUCAGUAUUAAAUACAGAAGUAAAUAAUUGCGCAUCGCAACUAGAUUUGAUGGAGUGAAUUAUAUAAAAAAGAAAAAAAAAUAAUGGAGCUAAGUAAUUGCAUGAAUUUAGGGGGUAAAUAAAAUAUAAAAAGAAAUGUUACAGCUCACAAAAUGAAGGCCUGGAGCCUCAACGAGACUUUAGAAAUGUUAUAAUCGAUAAAAUGUAGAUAUUAGUUAGUGACUUUGAUAUUAAUUUAGCUUUACACGUUGAUAGUUAAUUGCGUUAAUCAUGCAUAAAAAUUUUACAUUUAAA